AUGGAAAACCAAUCCAGUGUCUCUGAGUUUUUCCUCCGAGGACUAUCGGGGUUUCCAGAGCAACAGCAGUUACUCUUUGGAGUUUUCCUGUGUAUGUACCUUGUCUCCUUGAUUGGGAAUGUGCUCAUCAUCCUGGCCAUUGGCACUGAACCAAACCUCCACACUCCUAUGUAUUUCUUUUUAGCUAACCUUUCAUUUGCUGACAUGGGUUUAAUAUCCUCUGCAGUGACCAAGAUGCUGUUCAAUGUGCAGACUCAGCACCAUACCAUCUCCUAUACUGGUUGUCUCACCCAAAUGUACUUCUUCAUGAUGUUUGGUGAUCUAGACAGCUUCUUUCUGGCCGUGAUGGCCUAUGAUCGCUAUGCGGCCAUCUGCCGCCCUCUCCACUACUCCACCAUCAUGAGCCCCAGAGCCUGUGCCUUGAUGCUUGCAUUGUGCUGGGUCCUCACCAAUGUAGUUGCCCUGACUCACACCCUCCUCAUGGCUCGACUAUCCUUCUGUGUAGUUGGAGAGAUAUCUCACUUUUUCUGUGACAUAACGUCUGUCCUGAAGCUGUCAUGCUCUGAUACUCGUAUCAAUGAAUUAGUGCUUUCAGGCUUUGGAGGCACAGUGCUCAUGGUCCCCUUUGUAAGCAUUGUUGUCUCCUAUGUUCACAUUGUAGCUGCUGUGCUGAGGGUCCGAACCUCUGGGGGAGCUUCAAAGGCCUUUUCCACAUGCAGUUCCCAUCUCUGUGUAGUGUGUGUAUUCUACGGGACCCUCUUCAGUGUCUACUUGUUCCCUGCCUCUGUAGACUCCACAGAAAAGGAUGUUGCAGCUGCUGCAAUGUAUACAGUGGUGACUCCCAUGUUGAACCCCUUUAUCUAUAGCCUAAGGAACAAGGACAUGAAGGGGGCCCUAAAGAGACUUCUCAGUCAUAGGCAAAUUUUUUCAUCUUAG